AUGGACUUCCUCGUCCUCCCAGCCGCGAUCCAGCAUCGCAUUAUCCAGUUUCUCGACGAAAAGGAGCUGCUCAAUUUCGCGCAAACCAGCAAGCAAAUUUGGCAAAUUGCCGAGUGCACCCCCGGAAAAUAUUGGGAAGGCACUUUGAUGUACCAAGAUGGCGAAUACCACACGUACCACAAAUCCAUGUCCCGCGCGACGCUCCAGAUGAGCGAACCGACCUUCCGGAUGCUUUUCGGAAAUUCCACCGUGUUGUGGCUAUUUUUGCUCCGCGCCGAUGGGCCAUAUUUCGAAAUCAAGGCCCGGCAGAUUAAACUGAUGUUCCCAGCCGAGACUCUACUUGGAAUAUUAAUCAGACAUCGCCCGGCUCGGAGCAAGUAUGAACUCGUUGAUCUCACGCUCAUGCCGCCGAAUCCUUGGGUUAUCGAUUGGCUCAACGAAUUUGCGGAACAGGUCCGAUGCGGG